UAAUACCCAUUGCCCUUUCUUCCCUCUCUUCUAGAGUCCCCCACCCCACCCCAAUCCUUCUUCCUCCCAAGACAGCACCACAGGAAAAUAAAACCCUCCAACCCAAACAAUGCAUGAACAAGACCCCUCCUCCACCGGCACCACCACCGCCGCCGCCUCCCCAACCACAGCCAUCACCAUCACCACAGACGCCGACACAACCCCGGCUCGCGCGCUCUACUUCGCGUACGGCUCGAACCUCUCGUUCACGCAGAUGCGCAUGCGCUGCACGCACAACCCAGACCUCUCGUCGCGGCCGGUGGCCAUUGCGCGCCUCGACCGCUGGCGCUGGCUGAUCUGCCAGCCCGGGUACGCCAACGUGGUGCCGCCGGCUGGGCUGCGGGUGGGGCGGCAGAUCGACGAGGGGAGCAAGGUGCCUGUGUCUGGUGAGGAGGAUACCGUGUACGGGGUGCUGUAUGAGAUGGACGCGGCGGACGAGGCGCUGCUGGAUGGGUACGAGGGCGUGGAUCGGCGGGCGCCGCCGUCGUGGCAGGAUGGGAAGGUCCCGCGCGGGGUGCGGCCGAGGGAGCAGGCGGAUGGGGACUAUAAUAAGUGGUAUGUGUCGGCUACGGUGACGGAGUGGUUGGAUGAGGAGCAGCGGAGGCGUUGGGAGAACGGGUCCGAGACGACGACGGUGCUGGUGUAUGUGGAUGAGGAGCGGGUUCGGGUGGCUCCGCCGAGAGCUGAGUAUAUUCCGCGGAUGAAUCGUGCGAUGCGAGAGGCGGAGACGAUUGGGUUCCCGAAGAAAUGGACGGAUGAAGUGAUGAGGCAGUUUAUUCCGCCGAAUUAGAGACGGGGAUCUCAAAAGGAAGAAACUCUAGCAGUGAGAUUUCGGUUAGACAGUGUCUCUUCCCUAUCAUGCGGUUUGAGAUCGGAUUACAAUCUUGUAUUCAAUCAAGUCUAUAGAGGUACUCAGGUAUGAGGAAAACAUAAACAAAAUAAACAAGGAAUGCCGAUAUUGCCUCGGCAGACAUGCAAUAUCUCAAGUGUCCCAAACGAUG